AUGGCGGAUUUAAACAAGAGGAACACUACCCCCAGGAAUAUAGCCGUCUUAAACUUUGGAACUAAUGACAAAAAGAAUUGCGUAACUAUUUUAGAAACGGCGCUGUAUCUGACGGAGAAGUAUCUUGGCAAAAUUAUCAACAGUUCGUACAUUUACGAAACUGUGCCGGAAUACAUCGUCCUGGAUGAAGCAAACAGAUUAGGAAAGGUGACAGAAGGACAUCCCCCAAGUGAAGUUUCAUGGAUAAGGGAUGUGGUCCGAACUGUGGAAAAGUCGAGAUACGAAGAAAGUGAUGAUUUAAUUUAUGAGUGCAAAGAACUAGAACUGUUUUUAAAAAAUGAGAAAAUAAAUGAAAGUGUUAUCAAGGAAGUCAGUGUACAGGAUUACGAAAAUGAAACAAGAAGAAUAAUCAAACAGAACGACGAAAUAAUGAAGAAAAACUUAGAGCAAUCUAAAGAUAAAUAUUACACCAGUUAUUUUUUUAACUUAACCGUUGUAGUUAGGACAUUUGUUGAAGACCCCCUUACCAUGCUCGUAAUUUUAAAGUACAUAGAACAAAUCAUGAAAAGAACAGAAAGCAAAAAGGGUCAGGGAGAAAUAUUUGAAAAUCGCAUAAUAGACAUUGACAUUUUAUUUUUUAACAACUACACAAUUUUUGAGAGAAGCAUAAGUUUAAAAAAAGAAGACGUAUAUAAUAUCAUCACAAAAUAUAUUGACAUAAGUCAAACUAGUGAUCAGAACCGUCUCGAAAUUAUUCAAAAUCUGAGGGACAAAAUUGGAUUCUUAUGUAUCCCUCAUGUGUACACAAAAUAUAGGUAUAGUAUCCUCCUCUGCCUAAAUGAUAUUAUUCCCGAGUAUAGGCACAGAACAUUUGAAGAUACCAUUCGCUCAACUUAUAAAAAGUAUGUUGAAAAUUUUGAACAGAAGUAUAACAUUCAUAUCAGGAAUAAUAAUAAAAGGCUGUACGUAUUGAAAGAUAAAGUGUCAUACUUGAAAGAAAGAACUCAUAUAGUGGGCAUUUUGAAUGUCAAUUAUGAUUCCUUUUCUGAUGGUGGUUUGUUUGUUGAUCCUGUGAAAGCUGUGGAAAGGAUUUUCGAAAUGACAAAUGAUGGGGCGAACGUGAUUGACAUCGGGGGGGAAUCAUCCUCGCCGUACGUGGUACCCAAUCCGAAUGUCACUGAACGAGAUUUGGUUAUACCCGUUUUGAAGCUGUUUAAGGAGGAGUGGCAUAAGCUGGAGCGCGAGGUUGGAAGUGGUGCGACGGACAGAGCUACCAUGGGAGAUGCCAGGAAAAAUGCCGAGCGCGACGAAGAGGGCGCAGUCCUACGAAAAGUGAGGGACGCAAAACCAAUUAUAAGCAUUGACACUGUCAAUUAUGAUCUGUUCAAAGAGUGCGUGGAAGACGAUUUGGUGGACAUCCUAAACGAUAUCAGUGCGUGUACACACAACCCAGAUGUUAUAAAAUUAUUAAAAAGGAGAAAUAAAUUUUAUUCCGUCGUUUUAAUGCACAAGAGAGGAAAUCCACACACCAUGGAUAAAUUAACAAAUUACGAUGAUGUUGUAAAUGACAUUAAAAAGUAUUUAGAAGAUAGAUUGAAUUUCCUCGUUCUCAAUGGGAUACCACGUUACCGAAUUCUCUUUGAUGUUGGCCUAGGGUUUGCUAAAAAACAUGACCAAUCCAUUAAGCUGUUGCAGCAUAUUCAUGUUUAUGAUGAUUACCCGCUGUUUCUUGGCUACUCGAGGAAGCGAUUUAUUGCCCACUGCAUGGAGGAAAAUGGCGCAAUUAAUAGGGGCUUAGAACUGACUAAGGCAGGCACCAAACUGAUUAAUAGGGACUCCAAACCGACUAACGGGGACUCCAAACUGGCCAACGGGGGUGCGAAAUUGACUAAUUGGGGCUGGAAACUGACUAACGGGGGUACCAAACUGACGAAUGGUGACACGUCACAACUGUGGAGGUUCAAAAUGAACUACAUGCGUCAGGACAAGGAUCAGCUUUUGUACCAGAAAAAUAUUUGCGGUGGAUUAGCACUUGCUUCCUACAGCUUUUACAAAAAGGUGGACCUUAUCAGAGUUCACGACGUGUUAGAAACCAAGGCAGUCUUGGAUGUGCUCGAAAGGAUUCAUGAAUCUUAG